AUGUCUACAACAACCAGCACCUCGGUGCAGCUCACCUCGCCCGCCGGGUGGUCCUCCAACCGGCCCAACGGCACCACCACGCACCGGACCAAGCCCGCCCCGGCGGUCCUCCGCACCGAAGACGACGUCCUCGCCGCGUCCCUCGCCGUGGACUCGGCCGCGCCCGACGGCGGCUACGGCUGGGCCAUUGUCCUGAGCGGCUGCGUGCUCAUGUGGUGGGGCGUCGGCACCACCUACGCCUGGGGCGUGAUCCAGCGGACCCUCGUGCAGGACGCGCUCGCCGGCCCGGCCGUCCUCUCCUUCAUCGGCUCGCUGCAGGCCGCCAUGGUCUCGCUGUGCGCCACGUCCAACGCCUGGCUGCUGCAGUACCUGGGCGCGCGCCGGACCGCGCUGACGGGCGUCGCGCUCAUGGGCGGCUGCGAGAUCCUGAGCAGCUUCACCACGGGCAACCUGGGCGGCCUGUUUGUGACGGCGGGGGUCCUGUUUGGGCUCGGAUCGAGCUUUGUGUUUUGUGUUAUUACGGCAAUUCCUGCACAGUACUUUAGUAGGAAGAGAGGACUUGCGAAUGGCCUCAUAUUCGCCGGCAGCGGCCUCGGCGGCGCCGCCAUCAGCUUCGCGCUCAAUCCCCUCAUUGAAAAGGUCGGCCUCGCCAUGGCCUACCGCGUGCUGGGCAUCGCGACGCUCGCGACCGGCCUCCCCGCCGCCUGGAUCAUGAAGGAGCGCAGCAGCCUCCCGCGUCGUAAAUUCAUCGAGUGGUACGUUGUCCCCAUCUUGUGUCCAACUUCUACUGACCCCCAGACGGGCAGGAAACUAUUCAAGUCGGCCAACUUUGUGCUCGUGUGCGCCGCCACGGCCGUCGGCACCUUUCCGCUCUACGUGCCGCCCUUUUUCCUGCCGCUCUACGCCAACUCGCUCGGCUUCUCGUCGGCGACGGGCGCGGGGCUCGUCGCCGGCUUCACGCUGUCGUCGGCCGCCGGGCGCGUCCUCUGCGGCCACCUGUGCGACAUGAUGGGCGCGCUCAACGUCCUGCUCACCUCGCUCGUGCUGACGGCCGUGAGCAUGCUGGCCAUCUGGCCGGCCUCGACGACGCUGGCCCCGCUGGCCCUGUUUGUCGUCAUCAACGGCCUGUCCAACGGCGGCUUCUUCUGCACCAUGCCCACGGUGGCGAGCAACGUCUUUGGCAGCGCGCGGGUCGGCGCCGUCAUGAGCAUCAUCAUCACGGGAUGGAUUGGAGGCUAUCUAAUGGGCGCCCCCAUUGCUGGCUACCUGCUCGAAGCGUAUGGCGGCGCUGAAAAGGGCCUUGUCGCGUAUCGACCGGCCAUGUUGUACGGCGGCUCGCUCAGUCUUGUCUCGGCGUUUUUGGUGGUCAUGGUGAGAAUUCGGGUCAACAAAAAGGUGUUUGUCAAGGUAUAG